UGGAGGGUGCUCUUGCUCCUGUCCUGCGGUCCUGCUAGCUUGGAGGAGGGGUUGUUUUCUGGGAGAAGUAGCCUUCAGUUUUCAGUCUAGAGAGCCGGUAGUUAGCGGCAUGUUGUCCGGUUUAUCUUCCUAGAGCUUUUGUUUAUUCUCAGAACCGACAAAAGGUGCAUACGAAGAGUUAGCAGGUACAGGCGGAAGUCCAGAGCACAUCGUGGAAACAUUGAGAGGAAGGUUAACCAGUUCAACAAGUACAGAGACUGCUGAAAAGUUCACUAACUGGAUUUAACCUAAAGUUAUUGCUACGACUUUCCUCUCCUUUUGCUUCCCGCCAGCCUAUAGGCUCGUACAAGUUUGGACAACUCGGGAGAUGACUCAAGUAUUUUCAUUACUCUUUUUUUUCAUGGAGGCUGAUGCUGCCCUGCGUGUGUUUCUCCUGUAACAUUUUUCAGCCUCCUUCAGUCUAUGUUUGGUUGUGAUGGAGGUAAAGUUGCACCGACUGCUACUGUUUGCUGGCUGCAUGAACUCUCCCAGGAUGUCAUCUGUUAGAAAACGAGUUUUCAGCUCCUGCUGCUCACGAUUUGGAGGGAGUCAAACUCUGAUCCUCUUCAGUGGACCCACAGUUACACACCAGCUGAGGCAAGCUGGUAGUAGAAAGGCGGGCUUGCUCAGCAGGAGCUGCGGGGAUAUUGACUGUACUUCCACAUGUUACCAGAGGCCAAUUUUAUUAAGAAGUCUGCAUAGGAGGUGUCAGUCUGCUGGACUCACGGAGGACAUCCUGCUGCGAGGAGGAGCAGCCUGGGCUGUGUCCACUGUGCGCAGCCGAGUGACCGAUGCCCCCCUGUCCACUGUGUCUCCAACUUUCAAUGUGAUGAAGUUUGAUACGGACGGAAAUGUGACAUCAUUCGAAAAGAAGAAGAUUGAACUUUGCCAGGAGCUUCAUCUUCAGGCCAGAGACCUUCGCUUCCAACACAGCACCAGCCUCAGCACCAGAAACAACUGCAUCAUCAUACGAAUGGGCACUUUGAAAGUUAUCCUGACCCAGGAGUCGCUUUUGGUGCUGGAUUAUCGUGGUUUGAGUCUGGAACGCUGGCUGGUCCUGGAGCUCGCCCCUCAGCUAGCAGCGCAGACGCACUCUCUGCCCUUUGAGUUUAGAGCACUGGAGGCCAUCCUGCAGCACAAGGUAAACACGUUGCAAACCUGGCUGAACGAUGUCGAACCGAGCAUACUGGACACCUUGGAGUCGCUCGUGGAUCCUAAAAUCGUUUCUGCGGAUAGAAGUAAGCUGCAUAUUCUGCUGCAGAACAGCAAGAGCUUGUCGGAGUUGGAAACAGACAUCAAAGUUUUCAAGGAGUCCUUGCUGAAAAUCCUGGACGAGGAUGCGAUGAUUGAGCAAUUGUGUCUCACCAGAUGGACAGAUCCAAGGAUUUUUGAGGAGAGCAGUUUGGGUAUCGACCACUGUGAGGAGAUGGAACUUUUACUUGAGAAUUACUACAUGCAGGCCGAGGAGCUCGCCAACAAGACCAGAGAGCUCAAGGGACUGAUAGACGACUCAGAAAGUGUCAUCUUUAUCAAUCUGGACAGCCAUCGUAAUGUGAUGAUGCGUCUGAAUCUGCAGCUGACUAUGGGUUCUUUCUCCCUGACCUUGUUUGGGCUCAUCGGGGUGGCUUUUGGAAUGAAUUUAACGACGGCCUUUGAAGAUGACCCUCGUGCUUUCUGGCUGGUAACAGGCUUCAUGUUUUUGGGCAGCGGGUUAAUAUGGAGACGCCUCUUAUCGUUUCUAGGACGGCAUCUACAUCCCUCAGCUCCAUCACUGAUUCCUUCCAUUUGGAAAAGAAAUAUAAAACCACAAGAUACUAAGCCUGGAGUCAGAUGAGGUCCUGGUUUCAAUGUAGGAAAAAAACAAAACAGACCAGAGCCUGCAGCUGUGAAGACGAUCCUAUCACCAUGCCUAUAAGAUAUUAUGACUCUCACCUUUGUGUUCCCCUUUUUUGUGGUACUAGUAGCACUCGAGGAUGUGUCCACAUUAUUCUGUGUUCUUAUUGUAUCAUUUGGCUAUUUCAGACCUCCAAAUGGAUAUGUUCACAGCCUGUUUUAUUCAGAGUAAAGUUACGGAAAAUUGCUUUGCUGUUUCUGGUGUUAAAGCCUCGGAAGGUGAGCGGCAGAUCCUGACCGGAGACAGAUGACCGUCCUAACCAUUAAAGGAGCGGUACUUUAAAAAGUGGCGUUUUCAAGAGUAGAUGUAUAUUUAUUUUAAUUAGAAAUUUUAAUAUGUGAUUAAAGUUAAAGGUCGGCCUCUGACUUUACAUAAAGAAAGGCUUUGAAUUUAAACCAGAGUCCUUACAGUGUGGCACACACUGCUUUGGAAAGAGAGACUUUGAGAUGAUAAUCUGGUAUGUUCUGCGGUUGCCAACAUGCGUCAUUAAAAUUAACUGAUGCAUAA